AAAUUACGACAGUCGUAAACUGAGAUUUUUGCGACAGCUUCUUAGCUUAACGACGACAACAACUAUGGCGGCUGUCGGUGGUAGUUUUGAAAGUGCCAGGAGCAUUGAGGAGCGUAAGGAACAGACCCGGAUUGCCAGGGCAGAGGUGUUGCGACAGGCUAAAGCCAAUUUUGAAAAAGAAGAAAGGCGUAAAGAACUUAAACGACUUCGGGGUGAGGAGACAUGGAUGCUACCUGAUGUGAAUGAGCGAGUUGAACAGAUCUCACAGGAACACUCUGGGAAGAAAAAAAAGAAAAAAGACAAGCAUUCCAAAAAAGUAAAGAAAGAGAAGAAAAAAAAGAGCAAGAAACACAAGUAUGAAAAAAACAGUGAGUCAACUGGCAGUUCAUCAAGCUCUGAAGAUGAGUGGGUUGAAGCUGUUCCCACCCAGACUUCUGUCAAGGAAAAGGCCUGGAAAGUGAAAGAUGAAAGGUCAGAAAAAGAAGAUAACCAAGUUAUUCAGAGGGAUGAAUGGAUGACUGUUGAUUUUAUGUCUGUUAAAACCGUGUCAUCAUUAUCAUUGAAAACUGAAAAGGAAACUAAAAGGAAAAUAGAACAAGAGAAAACUCAAGCACUUGAACAGUCCAGACUGCUGGAAAGAGAAUUGAAUCCAUACUGGAAGGAUGGUGGGACAGGUCUUCCACCAGAAAACAGUAAUGUGUCAUCAGUUGCUAAAGUGGUAGAAGAUGGUGGUUUAAGCUGGCUAAGGAAGUCUUAUCAGAGAAUGAAGGAACAAGCUGAGAAACAACAUAGAAAUAUUGAAGACCUUGUAGCUGAAAGAUACGGGUCAAUGGAAAUAUUUCAGUUGAAAUUAAAAGAAGCUGAAAAAACUGCAUUUAUGAAAGAAGAUUGUAGACGAGAACGGUGGAGGAAGCCAACAUACUCAGAUAGAGCACAAAGUAGUCAAGAAGGAAGAAAAUCAGACUUGAUGAAAUAUAAUAAAAAUUCAAAAGAUAGAUAUGAUACAACAGAUACUACAAAUAAUAUCAAAGAUAAGUUUAGUGAUAAUGAAAAAGAUAAUAGUUCUGGGUUGGAAACAUGUAGGAGAGAAUCCAAUCCAAGGCAAAAUCAAGAGUUUUCUUCUCUUGGAAAUUUGAGACCUAAAUUCUUAAGACCCUCUGAUGAUGAAGAACUGUCAUUUCAUAGCAAGUGCAGGAAUUUUGAACCAUCUAGUUCAUCUUCCACACUGGUUGCUCAGGACUCUGUGCAUUGUGGUUUUCGAAAACCCACAGAAAACAGUGAAGAAAGUUUAUCAUUGUGGAAUCGAUCUGAUGGAAGAGAAGGAGACAGGAAACAUUCAAAUCAAAAACCAUUAGAAACCAGUCACAGUAUUGACCACGGAAACCUUUCUGAAGACAGGAGAGAAAAAUCACAAGAUGAAAUUUUGAGAGAUGACUCUCUGAAAAAAGAGGAUCUACAGGACACAGAGUCUUCACUUGCUGGAAGUGGUCCAGAGGAUGACUCUGUCUGUAUCCUGAGUGUUGAUGAGAAGAAUAAGUUGGGGGCCAAGAUUAUCAAGGCUGAGAUGAUGGGAAAUAUGGAAUUAGCUGAACAGCUUAAAGCCCAACUUGAAAAAGCAUAUAAAUUCAAAGAAACUGUAACACAGAUAUCAAAAAAAUCUGCAGUAAUGAAUGAAGACCAGCAAGAGGUGAUCCUUGUCAGAACGGAUCUGUCUGGAAGAGUGUGGCCUGUGAACACAUCAGGAAAACACAUGGAAUCUAAAGGAGGAAGAAGGAAGAGACAGAUUGCGUCAACCCAUGAGGAAAAAGAAAGGGUCAAAUACUUUCAUGAUGAUGAUAAUCUAAGCCUAAAUGAUUUAAUCAAGAACGAAAAGAUGGGAACAGCAGAAAAUCAAAACAAACUUUUUAUGAGAAUGGCAUCUAAGUUUAUGGGAAAAACAGAUGGAGACUAUUACACUCUGGAUGACAUGUUUGUCUCCAAAGCAGCUGAGAGCAAAUGUUUUGGUGAAGAAGAAGAGAAUCAGAGGAAAAACGCAAUUGCUGAGCACCAGCGUCUUGCUGCACAAAUGGACAAAUGUCUGUAUUGUUUUGACAGCUCUCAGUUUCCCAAGCACCUUAUUGUUGCAAUAGGUGUUAAGGUUUACUUAUGUUUACCCAACGUACGAUCUCUUACUGAAGGGCACUGCUUGAUAGUCCCUUUGCAGCACCAUAGAGCAGCUACUUUAUUGGAUGAAGACAUCUGGGAGGAAAUUCAGAUGUUCAGAAAAUCUUUGGUAAAGAUGUUCACAGAUAAAGGAUUGGACUGUAUCUUUUUAGAAACUAAUAUGAGCAUGAAAAAACAAUAUCAUAUGGUUUAUGAAUGCAUUCCUCUCCCAAAGGAAGUGGGUGACAUGGCUCCCAUCUAUUUUAAGAAAGCCAUAAUGGAAUCUGAUGAAGAGUGGUCUAUGAACAAGAAAUUGAUUGAUCUCUCUUCAAAAGAUAUCAGAAAGUCUGUACCCAGAGGCUUACCUUACUUCUCUGUGAACUUUGGCCUCCAAGGAGGGUUUGCCCAUGUCAUAGAAGAUCAACACAAAUUCCCUCAUUACUUUGGAAAGAGUCCGCCAGGCAUGUGCUGAGAAUGAUGAUAUUUGAUAAUGAUGAUAAAACAACUCAUUGAGUGCUCAUCACAGCGAGCCAGGUACUAUUCUAAGCACUCAUUUAAUGCUCACAAUAACCCUUUUAUGUAGAUAUUUUUAUACUUUUAUUUUCAGAUGAUGAAACUGAGCUCCAGAAAGGCUAUAUAACUUUCAUGUACUUUGUUUCAAGUAACAGAACCAAGGGCAUAUAACUCAUCAUUGAACUAGGGAACAAAUGAUAUCACCUCUUCAUUUAUAAUCAAGCACCAUAUAGAGCAAGAAGAAUAUACUAGUCAUUUCCCACAGAUAGUUUCUGGGCAGAUUAUUAGAGUGUGAAUCUUUGAAUUGCUAGUGGAUUCUUUCCAUUACUAUAGAAUACCUUCUGGGGUAUUGUCCUUAAAUUUACAGACUACUGAGUAUGUAGAAAGUACGUAAUUUAGUAUCAGGGACUGGGAUGAAAUUAAUGUAGCCAUUGAAGCCAUCAAAAGAAGUCUGGGCAAUAACAGCAGUAGAAGUGGCCUUUCAAUCUAGUGUAGCUCAGGCCUUUCUGCUCAUAUCAUUCUCUAAAGUGGAGGAGCCUAGAUGAACUCCACCCAUGCUUCCCUGACCUCCUUCCCCAUUUUUAAUUGCCCAUGUAAGAUCAUUUUCUACAAUGAGUAGCAUCGUAUAAAAGGUUUGGAUUCAAAUUUUUUUAUGCUAUUAUCCUUAAAGGGGUAACCAGAGGCCCCAAAUCUCAUUCAUCUACGAACUGUUAAGAUAUAUUGCAGAAACUUGUCUGAAAUUUUUUCAGAAUAUCUUUUCCCAGAGUUAACUAAAAAAAUUUGUUUUCAUUGCUCUGAAAUAUUGUCAUUAAAUAGAGCUUUAUAAAUACUCUGCAUUAAGAAAAAAAAAACUAAGUCUAGUGAAAAUGAAAUAAAACAUACAUUUUUUAAACUUGCAUGCUGGGAGAUUUCCCCCUUCCAAAUAAUGAAUAUAUUAUGGUUUAUAUGGUACUAUUUUGGUCUUAAAAGGAAAGCUUCUUUAAUUACAUUCUGCUUUCCCCCAAUUUACUUUUCAAGAAACAGCCUGUGAGCCCAAGGUCUCCCUUCAGUGAGUUGUUCAGAGAAAGAAAGAAUGGGCUCUUUCCAUUAACAUCUGCUUCAGUAACAAAAGAAGAAUCAAUCCAAAUGGUACACAUGAGACAAAACUUGAUGUUUCACCGACAAUUUUAGGUCAAUUUAUAAGCAAGAGUUUCUUAAACUACAUUACUAGUAAUUGGCUGAUGCCAAGAAACUCUUUUACUAAAUCUAAAUUUGCCCUCUUUUUAGAAUAAACUAUGUCUCUAUUAGCCCCUUUAUUUCCCUUCCCCAGUAAAAAAGGUUUCCUUUUCCAUGAAGCUUUUCUUGAUUUAUCCAGCAAUUAGAAUCUUUUUUUUUUUGUCUCCAUAUUGUCUGGUUUGGCAUUUACCUUAUUCUGCCUUAAGCUAGUCCUUUAGUAUAUAGUUGGAUUAUUACUGAGGCUCCCACCAAGCUCCACAUUCUGUUAUGAGCUUUCUGAAGACAGAGAAGUAUAUCUUAGUUAUCUUUGUAUCCCCUACAAUAGUUAGUGUGUGUUUGUACAUAAUAGAUCCCCUUAGUGUGUGUGUGU